AGGAUAUUUCUUAAUAGAACUCACCGAUUUUUCCAUGAGCAUGAGUACUAGCUACAAGGUAUGUGUUAUAGGCGGUGCAGGCUACAUUGGUUCUUGGCUUGUCAAGCAGCUUUUAGAAAAAGGAUACACUGUCCAUGCAACACUCCGCAACUUGGAUGAUGUGACCAAAGUGAGCGUUCUGAAGAGCCUUCCUGAUGCUGAUGCUAGAUUAGUGCUGUUUGAAGCUGACAUUUACAGCCCAAUUGAGUAUGAGAAUGCAAUUGAAGGCUGUAUGUUUGUUUUCCAUGUAGCAACUCCCUUACAACACACUGAAAAUUCCCAGUACAAGAACAUAACUGAGGCUGCCAUAGCUGGGGCAAAGAGCAUUGCAGAAUGUUGUCUUAAAUCAGGAACAGUUAAGAGGCUAAUCUACACAGCAUCCGUGGUGGCUGCAUCUCCACUGAAAGAGGAUGGGAGUGGCUUUGGAAACGUGGUGGAUGAAACCUGUUGGACUCCUCUCAGUCUUUCAUUUGCUUGUUCUAAUGCUUAUCGUAAGGCCUAUGUGGAUUCAACAACACUUGCAGAGAGAGAAAUCUUGAGCUAUGGGAACCAAAAAAAUGGUGGACUGGAGGUUGUGACUCUGGCCUGUGGCCUUGUUGGGGGUGAUGCGCUUCUGCCUUUCAGAUCCUCGAGUGUGGCUGUUUUUAUUUCUCAGCUUACAAACAGUGCAACCGAGUACCAAUUACUCAGAUUUCUGGAGGAAUUGGUUGGGAAAAUUCCCAUAGUACACAUCGAUGAUGUGUGUGAUGUCCAUAUCUUCUGCAUGGAAAAACCUUCAAUAAGUGUUAGAUUUUUGUGCGCAAGCUCAUACGUUUCAUCAGCAGAAAUUGCUACUUACUACCAACAAAACUACCCAAUAUUUCACUAAAAGAGAAUUUAAACCACGGAUUUCGUUUGCUAUUCAUCGUCACACAUUUUAAAAGUUUUUGGUCAAACAAAAUCCAUGCUUGUGACGUUGCAUUGAUCCUGCAUCUUUU